AUGGGGACGCAGGGCAGCCCGGUCAAGAGCUACGACUACCUGCUCAAGUUCCUGCUGGUGGGCGACAGCGACGUGGGCAAGGGCGAGAUCCUGGAGAGCCUGCAGGACGGCGCGGCCGAGUCCCCGUACGCCUACAGCAACGGAAUCGACUAUAAGACGACCACCAUCCUGCUGGAUGGACGGCGGGUCAAGCUGGAACUCUGGGACACCUCGGGCCAAGGCAGGUUUUGCACCAUCUUCAGGUCCUACUCCAGGGGCGCACAGGGGAUCCUCCUGGUAUAUGACAUCACCAACCGCUGGUCCUUUGAUGGCAUCGACCGGUGGAUCAAGGAGAUCGAUGAGCAUGCACCUGGGGUUCCCCGGAUCCUGGUUGGGAAUCGGCUGCACCUGGCCUUCAAGCGGCAAGUUCCAACAGAGCAGGCGCGUGCCUACGCAGAGAAGAAUGGCAUGACCUUCUUUGAGGUCAGCCCACUGUGCAACUUCAAUGUCAUCGAGUCCUUCACCGAGCUGUCCCGCAUCGUGCUCAUGAGGCAUGGCAUGGAGAAGAUUUGGAGGCCCAACCGAGUGUUCAGCCUGCAGGACCUCUGCUGUCGGGCCAUUGUCUCCUGCACCCCCGUGCACCUCAUCGACAAGCUCCCGCUGCCUGUCACCAUCAAGAGCCAUCUCAAGUCUUUUUCGAUGGCCAAUGGCAUGAACGCCGUCAUGAUGCACGGGCGCUCCUACUCGCUGGCCAGUGGGGCAGGAGGCAGCAGCAACAAGGGCAACAGCCUCAAGAGGUCCAAGUCCAUCCGCCCUCCCCAGAGCCCGCCCCAGAACUGCUCAAGGAGCAACUGCAAGAUCUCCUAGCGGGCAGGCUGGGCACCACCCUGUCCAGUGCGCUCUGGGAGGGCUCGUGCUUGGGGAACGCUUCUGGCCGGGCGCUGGGCCUGGCGCCGUGUGCAGGGAAGGCUUUGGCCACACCGCCUCCCGGGAAGUGUGGGGGCACACGGCUCAGGCAGUGGUCUUCCGCCAGACAAGUUCCGUGGGACCGGAGAGAGCUGCGGGGGUCUCGGGGGAGCAAGCCCGGGACCCUGCAGUGCGGUGGUGCUGGGAAGUGCCCAGGAGGCGGCUCUGCCUGGCUCCAGCCUCAAGGGGGUGCUGUCUCUGAGGACCCGGGAGGCCUGGCUCCCUUUCUUAUUUAUAUGGAAGAUGUUCACCUUUUUGUACAUUUUUAAAGGACGGGCAGGGCAGCCUCCACGCAGCCGCAUGGUGAGCCCCCGUCAGCAGUGGGUUCAGGCUUUGGGACAUUUGGAGAGGGGGAGGGGAUUUGAGGCAAAGAUGAGGAAUCUCGGUCAGGGCUUCAACCUUUGAAUUCAGACACUUCAUGCUGGGUGUGGGCUGUGCAGCGGCAGGAGGGGACACGUGGAAGCUCUGGGCAGUGCACUCGGGCCCAUGGCUGCCUCCACCAGCCUUUGUGAACACGGGGGUCGGUGUGUGCCCCGAGAUGAUUGAGCGGCGGCUCCGGCCCCCAGCGGUCGGCGUGGUGUGGCCGCAGCUUCCUGGGCUCCCGCGGCCCUCCUAGACAACAUCCUGUGCAGCUCGGAUGGGCUCAGGGCUGGGGGCAAGGGCUCCGUUCCCCAGCGGACUGCUGGUGUUUCUCAGACAUUCCUGUGUCUCAGGGGAAGAUGCAGAAGACACUCAGUGGGUGUACACCCACCCGCCCGCUCGUGUCCCGGGGCACCUGGACUCUGUCCUCACCAGCUUCUGUUCGCCGGCCUCGGGUGUGACCCCACACCCGCUUCUUGCCUGACGUCGGCCCUCAUGGUCGCACGUCACCAAAACCGUUCUGACGCAUCUCUUAGUGAUGCUGCCUGGACUGGUCCCAGCGGUGGACCCCGAGCCUCUCCUGGAGACCCCACCAGCCAGCCCUGAGCAGGAGGCCUCGCCUCCUCCUGCCGCCUGCUGGCAACUUGGCCGCCGGUCACACUGGUGCUCAGCUCUACCUCCUCCUCACGGCCCUGCCGUGGGCUCUGGGACUCUAUGUGCUGUGUGUCUGGGAGGCAGGGCGGGGCCGCGGCCUGCGUGUGUGGGGCGUCUGGGGUCCCCGAUGGGGCCUGGCCUCAGCAGGCUCAGGCAGGGGAGGCCACACCCAUCCUGCCUUGCCUGCGGGGUUGCGGGGGGGCUUUCUUUGGACUUUGAACCCAGUCACACAGACUUUGUUUUGAGGACGUGGACAGUCCUACGUUCACUUUAUCAACACUACCCUUUGCUGCUGUCUGACACGCCAUUCCUGUGCUCAGUUUGGACGGUUUUCCUUUCUUUGUACAGUAAACGUGAUUCAGCUCUGAUAUCCAGGCUGAGAGCCUCUGGUUUUAACUGGGCAGGUGGUAGGUGUGGCUGGUGCCGGCCCUUGCCGUGAGGGCUGAGCCUGGCUGCUGCGGCCAUCUCAGUCCAGGCCACACACGGGUCGUUUCUUGGGCCAGACAGGCAGCCCCCCGCACUCCAGAGGCUGCUACUCCCUGCUGCCUCUGAGGGUGGAAAGUGGGACGCCCCGAGCCC